AUGUUUAUGAUCAAAAACGUUAGCAAAUAUCUCUUCGGAGACACCUCCAAGGAGGUUAUUACGGAAAUUCCCCAGGGCCAACUUUACCUUGUCCGUCCUCUCUCCCCGAAAGGCUACUCUGAACUCAUCUACAAAGACGCGGUCGCCACCAUCAGACGCACAGGGCAAGACCAUCAAUACCAGCUUGUUGUACAGCGUGCCUACGAGGAGGGGGAAGAAGAACUUGCUGAGGACGACGAGGACGUAGGCGCUGAGAGUCUAGACAAGGACGAGAAGACCUUUCUCCUUGAUCAAAGUCUUCACUUCAGAUCAGAAAAGCGGCCAGCUGGCGAAACGGUCUUAGCCUGGCGUGACUUGAGCGGCGACCCUGGAGAUCUUUAUGAAUUUGUAUGCGACGCUUCAGUCCAAGAAGAAAAGAUCCAGACUUUUCUUCUAGCUGCAAUCGAUUGUCAGUUCGAGAGGAAAUAUCGGAGGUCCGCUCAGAAGGCUACAGAGGCUGAACUACACGAAUUCUACUUCGACUCGGACGACGCAAUCCCAGCUGCGAGUUCGGUAUCUGCGCCUCUUGACCCCAAACCAACCUCCAAAGAAACGGCCCAGAGAAUGGCGAAGGAUGUCAGAACACCUACCAAAGCGAACCAGGCCAAGGCGAGAGAAACCGGUCCGACGGAGGCUCCCCCUGCAAAAUCUGCUCCACGAUCUGGAGAAGUCCUCACCAAGCAAACCGGAGAGCUCCAUCUGUUUGAUUUUCCAACAGGAACUUUCAUUCUUCAAGAUCCAUCCGUAGUGGCUGUUGUGACAGAUCUCGGAAACUGGCAAUACUGGCUUCAAAUAACCAGUUCCACUGGAAGGGAAUGGUUAGGCCAAGCUAUAGUGCCCGAUAUCAAUCCAGUCUUCAACUUCGACUACCUGUCUGCAAUUUUCAACCACUACACCGAUGAUGGCUCCGCCUAUUCUUGGCUGCUACGCUUCAAGGAUCAGGCCGUCCUUGAGAAUUUCCAAGAGGGUGUCAUGCAGGCCUUGUGGGAGCAAUUGAACGAGACCAAAUGGUCCAAAGUCAAAGACCAGGAACGCGAAUACGUUCUGGAAGCAUUCAAUGAUUUAACCAUGAGUGACGUGAAUGAAGGGGAAGAGGACGCGGAGGAGGAGGAAGAAGAGGAGGAGGAGGGUGAAAGAGACGGUCCACGAAGUGAGCACUAUGAUGAGGACGAAUCCGAGGAUGACGUUGAGCUGGACCAGCAAGACGGAAACGUCAACUCUCAACUCGCCGUGGGAACGAAAAACGAUCGAUCCUUCGUCAUUCGCGGCUCUAAGAUUGGUGUCUUCAAACAUCUGCCCAACAAACAUCUCGAAUUUACCACCAACAUAUCCAAGGUCGAGACUCCCAAGGGUAAACUAUUCUCCCCAACCAAGGUGAUGCUGCACCAAGAGGACCAGAACAUGGUGCUGCAAGACCCCAACAACCCCAAUUCACUCUAUCGCAUGGACCUCGAAUACGGCAAGGUUGUCGACGAGUGGAAGAUCCACGACGACAUUGGUGUGACCAACUUUGCCCCAGAAACGAAAUUCUCUCAACGGACGGCAGCCCAACCAUUCAUUGGUCACAGCAAGAACGCGCUCUUCCGCAUAGAUCCUCGUGUCUCGGGCAACAAGUUGGUCGAAGCACAACUCAAACAAUACCUCUCUAAAAACGACUUUUCCGCAGCUGCCACCACCGAGAAGGGUUACAUCGCGCUAGCAUCCAACAAGGGCGAUGUCCGACUGUACGACCGUCUUGGAAUCAAUGCCAAAACCCAAAUUCCAGCCCUUGGCGAAGCAAUUACCGGUCUCGACGUCAGCGCCGAUGGUCGCUGGAUCCUGGGAACCUGCAAAACAUACCUCAUCUUGAUUGACAACCUACAGAAGGAUGGCAAAAACGAGGGCAAGCUAGGUUUUGAGAAACCCUUUGCAAAGGACUCCAAGCCUCAGCCCCGCCGCCUCGCCCUGAGUCCUAAUCAUGCAGCACAAUUCCAACACGAAACAGGCCAACCCAUCUCAUUCACGCGCGCCCACUUCAACACCGGACUUGACAGCCAGGAAACCAGCAUCAUCACUUCCACCGGUCCGUUCCUGGUCACGUGGUCUCUGAGGAAGGUCCUCGAAGGCAAGAGAGACCCCUACCAGAUCAAGCGCUAUGCCGCGGAAGUGAUGGCGGACAAUUUCGAGUUUGGUAGUGACAAGAACGUCAUCUUGGCAUUGCCUAACGAAGUCGACAUGGUGAGUCGCAAGAGCUUCAAGAGGCCUACCAGGGAGAGUAUCAUGGGUCCGGCCGCCAGGAUUUCUGGGGCAGGGAUGACACCCAGGAGAAGUGGGAGGCAGAGUCAUUUGCGAGACGAGAUUGUGAACAGUCCUUAUUAG